GCUAUACAGUAAUCAGUGGUCAGGGCAAGACAGUAGCUCUGUCUCAUUCUAGAAUUAACUCCAUUCUCCUCUAAAAAUUCAAAUUCGGUAUGUUUCAGGGUUGUUAGCCAAUCACAAACCAGUUUCAAAUACUCGUAAGUUGAUAAAUUUUACGUGAAAUUCUAGAAUUGUACUUCCGGAAAUUUUGUAUUCUUUGUUUGAAGUAGAGCUUUUUACACUCUUGGAAAAUAUUGAUAUUCUGUGAUUUAUAUGGUUGAAACGUGUCGUAAAUCUAUAGAUUCUACUUGAAAGUUGUGAAAAUUCGUGUGAAGAGUUGAAAAACUCAAGUGAAACUUCAAAAAAUUGAGUUAUUUCUACACAAAGCCAAAACGAACUUGUUAAAAGUUUAGUGUAACUUUCAAAGCUCAUGUUUUUUAUUAGGAGGUAGGUUAAAUUGAAGUUACCAAUAGACGUUAAAAGAGUUUCUACUAUUGGAGAAUUAUUAUAGUAAAUUGAAGUUUGAGUGUAAAUUUAGGAGUGUUUUAACUUCAGGAACUCUAUUGGUGGUAGGAAAUGAUUCAAUUUUAGUGUCACAGAUAGAUCAGUUUUUGUUGAGUCAUCUACAGUCUUAGAAAAGGAAAGAACAUCUUAUCACAGCUUGAGAAAUAAGGAGAGGAUUAUUGGACCUUUUUGAUUAUUAGCAAAUGAUAGAGUGAUGGGAUGCAGCACGAAUAAGACGGAGAAAGCUGAUCAUUUGGCGAGCAUUCUUAAGCAGUAUUUGGCUGCAUCUGCAGCACUGUUGGCAGUUUUGAUAAACGGCACUUUCAGUGGUUGGGCCACACCAUGCCUUCCCCUCCUCUUGAGCCCGGACCACUCCCCUCUCCCUGUGACCUUGACCAAGGUCGAUGCCUCAUGGAUGAUGUCUCAGCUGUUUAUAGGUCAAACCCUGAGCCCUUUACCCUCAGGUUACCUAAUGGACAGGCUGGGUCGCAAACCAACCCUUCUCUACUGCGCAGUUCUACCCUUAGCAGCCUGGGUUCUCAUAUUCUUCGCCCAGGAUGUGUAUGCACUCAGUGCAGCCAUGUUUUUAGCGGGCCUUUUUGUUGGCACGGUUUAUACUGUCACGCCCAUGUAUUUAGGUGAGAUAGCCGAGCCAAGCGUUCGAGGUCGUAUCAUAACGCUCACUUCAGUCACAACCAGGCUGGGAAUCAUCUUCCAAGUGACAAUCGGAGUUCUUCUUCCUUUCCGUUUACAGGCCAUAGUCUCCCUCUCUGUUCCUCUACUCUUCAUGCUUGUCUUCCCUCUAGUACCUGAAUCUCCUUAUUACCAUCUUAUGAGAAGGGACCGAAACAAAGCUGAGUCAGCACUAAAAUGGCUGCGAGGCAGCGGAAGAAGUAAAGCAAACCUGGAAGCCGAACUCUGCGAACUGGAAUCAGCUGUUGAUAAGCAGAUGCGGAACAAGGGUGACUUUCGUGACCUAAUAUCGACCCGCGGCAGUCGCAAGGCACUGAUGACAGUUGAGACCCUAGCAGUUCUGCAGCGUUUGUCCAGCAUGGGGCCUGUCAUGGGAUACAUCAGCACCACUCUGCCAUUGGCCGACUUCCUGCAACGACUUGGUCCAGCUGCCUGUGUGGUGGUCAUCGAUUUGGUGCGACUCUGCAGUGGACUGGUCAGCUCUAUGCUGGUCGAUUGUCUUGGCAGACGAGCCCUAUUGAUAACAUCAGGCGCCUUUUGCGGCGUGAUAAUGAUGUGCGCCGGGGGGUGGUUCUAUUGCGACGCCACGGGGUUCCUAGACGUGAGUGCGCCCCACCUCAGAUGGGUGCCCUUCAUCUGUCUCCUCCUCCACGGCAUUGGCUUCUCACUCGGGCUGGGACCUGUCUGCUCGGCCGUGCGAAGCGAGUUCUUCCCCAUGAAUAUCAAGGCGAAAUCAUCAGCUGUGACGAGCACAAUCCUCGCCUUCGCCUCGUUCCUAAUCAACAAGUUCUACCUGACGAUAGGCGACAGUUUGGGCAUGCACUACAACUACUGGAUGUAUGGGGUGUCCUGCUUUGCGGUCUGUCUGUUCGCCAGCUGCUUCAUGAUCGAAACUAAGGGCAAAUCCCUGCAGCAGAUACAGGACGAGCUCAACGACGACUACACGCCGCACAAGGAGGAGAAAGAGACAGAGUAUGAGGAGAAGAGUGAGAAUAAUAAUGUAGAGAUGAAGGUUUAAGAAAGAGUUUAGGAGAAAAAUAACAAUUAAUAGUAGAGAGGGAAAGAGAUAGUAUGACAGAAAGAAGAGGUGAUGAAGAUGUGGAGAAUAUUGGUGGAAGAAAACGUACAAAGAGAAAGAGGUGAGUAUGAGAAGAAGAGUGAUAAAAAUAUUGUGGGGAUGAAACUUUAAGAGAGAGGGAGAAGGAAACUAGAGGUAUAGUAAACUGGAGAAACAUUAUUAAUGAGAAAUGAUAACACAGCACAAAAAAUAAGAGAGAUGAAGAGAGUAUGAUGAGAAGAGUUAGAAGGGUGUGGAGAUGAAAGUGAGAGAAAGAGGAAACGAGUAAGGAAAUGAACAGUAGAAACAGUAUUAAAGAGGAGAAGAUUAGAUUUUAGAGGGAAUAUUAGAUUUUAGAUUAGAGGAGAAGAUCACACCACACAAAGAAGGAGAGGGAUAGAGAGAGUGUGAGGAGAGGGAAGGAAAGACGAAGAUUAUAGAAAGAUGAAGGAGGAGGAAAUUAAAGAGAUAAAAGACUGGAGAAACAUUAUCAAAAUACACCAUACAGAAACUGCUAGAAGGUUGAGUGAGUAUGAUAAGAUGAGAAGGAAGGGAGGGGAGUUUAAAUUAUAAGAGAGAGGGCGGGGAAGGAAACUAGAAAGAUAGUAAACUAGAGGAAAGAUAGUAAAUCUAAAUACAGAGAUUGCUAGAGGGUUGUGAAUUAUUGUGGUAGAGAAGGUGUAGAUAGGAAUGAAGGGAAAUAGAUAGAAUAAGGUAGAUAGAAAUGAGAAAAGAGGAUAAAAAUGAGAAGAAAAGGAGAGUAGGUUUAUGUGAGUAAGAGGGGAAAGGAAGGAACUCGAGUAAGACAAUAAUUUAUACCCAAGGUGAAUUGAUAAAAUGAUUCUUCAAAGUUAAUACUUUCAAGAAUAAUGUUACUUCCUUCACAGGAGAGAGAACAUAUUUGAACAUUGAAAUGUAGGAUUUUCAACAAGUCACGUUGAGGAAGAGUUAAAAAGUUGAAACAUUGAGAUAAUAUGAGUAUGUCAAAUAUGUGUUCAUGAUAAUAAUUAUAUCAUGUUCAGAAGAUGAGAAGACAACAAGGAACUAAUAAGGGUAAUGAAGAGCAAAUAGGUAGAAGAAUAUUUAGAAUGAUGCGAUUGUUCUAGAAUAUGAAUCUGGAUAAACGAACAAUACGUUCAUAGGCUAAGAUUCAAUCAAUUGAAGGAAUUACAAAAUGUGGAUAGUUAAAUUAUUUAUGUAAUUAUCCAAUUCAAGUAAUUAGGUGCUCGUAGAAGAUAGAUAAGUCUGGAUAAAGGAAAUUAGUCCACAAUAAUUAGGUGCUAUGAGAUAAAUCCGGAAUAAGGGACAAAAUACAAGAGCAAUAAAUGAAGAUUCAUCAACUUCUCUAUAGAAUCUUACAAGCUCCAUCUCUUGAGAAUGGAAUUCAAUGUACGUCAGAUAAAGGGCAUCGAAAGUAGGCUUUAAAUUCUAUUAUACAGGCUUAUAGCCCCAUUUCUAUAUGAGCUUAAUAUGAACUGUACGGUGAUUUCAAUUUUAUAACUAGUUUGAUUCUAUUGAGUUUUGAAUUCUAUUAAUUUUGAAUCUUCAACUUCUAUAUAUUUUAGCACAAGAUACCUUACGGCACAAUAUUGAAUUGUUCCUUGUUAAUUGUUUUUAUGUAUCUCUGAUAAGUAUCUAAUUUAAGAAUUUGUGAUUUUAUUGUAAUAGUCCUACAUUAUAUAUUUUAUUUAAUCUAUAUCUAUAACUCCUUUGUGAGUUUCGUAUGUUUUAGAAAACGAUAAUCGUUGUGAUAAAUGUGUAUAUAUUUUAUUUGUAUCUACAAUAUUAUAUUGGAUUGGUAUAGGGUAUUUUCCCAAAUAGUAUUUUAAUUAUUAUCUAUUUUAAUAAUAUUGUCAUUCAUUUUCAUCAUAAUAAUUAUCAUCCCAUUGUAGGUCCAUUGUUUCUUUUAUGAGAGUCAGUAAGACUGAUUUUAAAAAUUCUGUAAUUUAAAAAUGGUAAGAAACUAUUAACUGUUCUACCUAUAAGUAGAACCAUAGAAUACCUGAGUGUAAUGUAUAGAUAAAUCGUGCACGUAGGCAUUAUUGUUUAUCUAGAAACUUGAAAGUAUUUUAGAUCCCUAUAAUGAUUUCAUCAAAGCAUGUUAUGUUCCACUUUAAAAUGUUUUAUAGAUAAUAAUAUAGUUGAUAGUAUGGAAAAAAGUAUGCGUGUAGCAUUUAAAUAUUAAAAGUGUAGUUUUUUUAUCAAA